AUGGAGACCCUCGACAAAGCCUGGCACACCGCAGCAGACACUCUGAAGAGCGAGAUCAACUCGUACCAGUUGUCCCAGUCGUCCCAGAAGCCAUGGACAGAGUACGGCAAAGAGGAACCUCUCUCCGGCAUCCAGGGCAAAGGCACCCUGACGGAUCCCUACGACGCCGGAAACCGCGAUGAGCAACCCGGCGCUCCAAAGAGCCAACAAAACACCGCCGUGGUCCCCGAAGCCCUGGUAUCGACCGCCGACGACGCAACCCCGGAUCUGAAGCCCGUCACGAACGGGAGUCUGGAUUCCCGCUCGGAUUCCAGACCGUCGGGGAACAAGUUCGUCGGCGUCAUGGAGACCCCAGAGCAGCGGACCCAGCCUCCUCCGCCUAGUCUGACGACUCCGACGACUGGUCGCGCCUCCGCUGUUGCGGCUGAUAUGAACGGUCACGGUCGAGACUCUGUGGCGCCGGCGGCGGCGACGGCCGGUGGCUCAGGUACUACUGCUGCCAUUAAUGGAGUGAAGGAGGAGAAGGAGAAGGAGAAGGAGGAGGAGGAGGAGGAAGAAGAGGAGGGAUCUUCUUCGACCGCUGCUGCUACUGCGCCAUGGGGAUCCCGGAUGCCGCAAUAUCAGCCGAAAUCUCAGAACCCAAUCACCAAGUCUCAGAACCCAAUCACCAGUUCUAGGACCUUCAGUCAGACUCCUACCAAGAUGGAAAAGACCGAGGAUCCUCAGAAGGCUCCUAGCAAGGUCACUAACGUCAACGAUCAAACUGCUACCGUACCGUCUACUACUUCCAACCUGGAACAGGAUACCCGCCGUCUGAGUCUGCAGAAGGACAAGUACACCGGCGCGGAGAUGAGCAAGCGACAGUCUUUGUACGAGUCGAAGCCUCAAGGCGGCGAAGGCGGCUCAGUCGAUGAAGGAAAAGACUACAUUAAUAACAGCAACACCGCUGGUCUGUCUAUCUCCGGUACACCUGGCGUCCCGAGUCGACCUCCUGCCACCUCCAAAGCCAGCGAGGAAGCGCUGAAGGGCCCUCAAUGCUCGGCGAAGCCGCCGUAUGAUUUCGAAAAGCAGUUGGAUGACCCGAGUGGUCGACGCAAGUCGAAGUCGAGCCACAAGAAAUCCGACUCUACAGGCGACGCCAGCGCCAUUAAAUCCGCCGAAAAGACUCCCUCAUCUGAGGCGUCCACGAAGAGUGGUUCGAAGAAUGGAUCCAAGAACGGUCUCCACAACACCAUGUCCCAUAUGAAAGAGAAGCUCAAAAAGGUGGUCCAUCAAGAUCAUCAUUCGGACAAAUAA